UCGGACAUACAAAUAUUUUUGUUUAAUUUCAAUAAAUAGUUUUAUUUCAUGUUAUUAUGGAAUCUUACGAAAAGCUCUACAAUUCAAUUUGUCGCUUAUGCUUAAAAUAUAAUAAAAGUGAUAACUUGGUGCCCUUAUUUGAUAAAAACAGUGGAAAUGUGAAUUGUUAUGGUAAGGCGGUAGCAACCUUUGCCGCAAUUGUAUUUAAAAAAGAAGAUAGUUUGCCGCCUUCCAUGUGCAAAAAGUGUCUAUUAUUAUUAAAACAGUGCAUCUACUUUAAAUUUACUUGUGAAGCCAGUGAUAAGAAGUUGAGAUUAUUAAAAAGCUUAGUGACAGAGAAUUUUAUGCAAACUAUUGUAGAAUAUUCAUUAUUUAAAUUAAACAAUUUAUUAAAUACCUCAGACGUAUGUAAUAAUAUUCCUAAACAGACAAUAAAUGCAAAGAAAACUAAGAUAAAUCAUUUAGCAGCAACUGUAAAAAGAAACAAUAUAAAUAAUGACAAUCAAAAUUCUUUAGACUCAGUCUUUUCUUUAGUUCAGAUUGAAGAUUUGAAUGCUACACCAAAAAUCGAGAAAAAAACUGAGAAGCCAAAUGAAAUUAUAGAUAGUUUGGAUAAAAUAGUGUUGCCUAAUAAAAAACUUUGUUCUGAUAAAAUGGCAGUGAGACCAAAAAGAAAACUCAAGAGGCGAUUGAGAAAUAGAUUUAUUAAAAAUACAAAGAACAAGAGCUUAGAUCAAGAGACUUAUAACUGUAAUAUUUGUAAUAAAAUACUGGCAAACCAAAAGACAUAUGAAAAUCACAUGCAAAGGCAUAACGGAUGCAGAUUCAUUUGUGAGCACUGCGGCAAAGGCUUCCCAGUGCUGGCCGAGCUUCAAAACCACAUCGUAGCCCGUCACGGCACUGGACCAUGCCUCCAGUGCAAGCUUUGUCCUUUCAAAGCAUACAAAAAGUUCGACCUCAUGGAACACGAGAGAAUACACACCGGCGAACGACCAUUUACGUGCGAGAAAUGCGGCUUGACAUUCAGAAGACGAGCAAUUUGGAAAAAUCACUUAAUCUAUCAUACUGAGAAGCAAAUUCAGUGUACUUUGUGUCCUAAGAAGUUUCAUCGACGGAGUCAAAUGAUGGUGCAUUAUAAUAGCAUGCACGAUAGAAUGUAUAUGUAUGUAUGUGCAAAGUGUGAUGCUAUGUACGCUAAGCCGGUUACGGUGAGACGGCAUAUGAUGGAUAAGCAUGGCGUUCCACGGGAAAUGCAGGGGAAGAUAUUGAGGGUUAAAAAGAGUGGUUUGCAAGAUAUUUCAUAGGGUUUCUUUAUGAUUUUUUGUUUGUAUAUGUGGUACAUGGAAAAUGUUUUUUGGGAGUACUUGAAUAAUAUCAAUUGUUUUGUGUAAAAAGAAGAAAGUUAGAUUUUAUGUUUCACUGAUUGGUUUUUCUUUACAGACAAAUUGAUGAUCCUUAUUACAUCAAGAAUUUCUUGUUGUUUCGUUUUUUACAGUUUAUAUUUUCUCUGAAAUGUGUUAACAACUUAACCAAGGAAGGAAUUUAUUUAUAACAAUAAAAUAUAAUAAAAACAGAAUUAUAUAAACAAUAUUAUGUUUAAGUUUCCAGAUAGAUAAGAAUUGUUUGGAGAUUGUAAU